AUGUUGAACAAGAAAGAUUCAUCUGAAAACAUGGCUCCCCCAGCAGGUGGUGUAACUCCUGAAGCAGCAACAUCAAUGGUGGACAAUGUUGAUGAUUAUGAAUACCUCUAUGUAACAGAAGCAUUAUCUGCUUAUCCAAAUUGUUACACUACUGAAUGGGAAGAUAUGUUUGAGAGUGCUAGAGCACCUAUAUGUGAUGAUAUGUCAAACUAUUUUUUCAAUCCUAUUAUGCCACAGUUACCAUUACAUGUUCUUACACCACAUGUAAGACAAAACACUAGUUUUGGUGACAACGUAGAUUCAUCCGAGUUUGUUUUUGAUGAAUCUAAUGACAACCAUGUCAUGGGGAACAUUGAUUCAUCCAAAUUGGUUGUUGAUGAAUCUAAUAACAACCAAGUCAUUGUUAAUGCUGUUGAGACUUCCAAUGGAACAGUGCCGGCUACAGAUCUGUCUGUCAAUGAGAAGAAACUAGGCAGGGCGAAGAAGAUGCGGGGUGUGGCUGAAGAAUCUGAUGUUGAUGCAUCAUCAUCACCAUCAAUGUCACAAGAGGUGAAUCAAGCACCCCAGCUUCCCAAGUCCAUUUGA